CAAGGUGGAUGCGGAGACAUCUCCUUCUCAGGUGUUCACGUGUGGGGGUCCGCGGAAGCUCUUUCAAACCUGCUGCUGUCGAACCCAGAGACGAUCAAAGGGAGGAGGGUGCUCGAGCUUGGAGCAGGUAUCGGCCUCCCGUCCUUGGUAGCGUGCUUCUUCGCAAGCCAUGUCUGCAUGACAGAAAGGAGGGAAGAAUUGAUUGAACAUUUCCGAGAGAAUGUACGAAGAAACUUGCCUCUCAUAAGACGACGCCGCGCUCGAGAUGCAUCGCUCCGGCAAGAGGACUUUGUCACUGCUCAAAUCUUACGAACUUAUGCACGAGGAGGCGACGAUGCCGUUUCUUGCUAAGACCGUCUUUUCUCUCCUCCCGGACAUCAACCAGUCCUCUGUUGCGGUUGACUGGAGGAGCGGACAGGGAGCAUUCUUUCUGAGCAUCUCCCCCCUCCGAUCGCGGGAAAGUGGCAUCACGGCAUUCAAGAGCGCGUGUGAGCAACUCAAGGAGGCAAACAACGGGACAUGCUUGAAGGUUGAGCAUAUUGUAAACGAG